UAUUCUCUUGAUGGAAAUAUGGAAUUUGUACUGAUUGUUAUGGAAUAAAAUAAAGCAAUAAAUUGCAACAUUCACAAUAAGGUUUUGAAAGGAUGAGAUGUUAUUUAAACGUACAUAAUAUAAGUGAAUGUUCUAUAAAAAAUAUUUAUUUGAUUACAUAAAGAAGGAAAAUGUUUUAUGUAUAUCCUUUUUUUUUUCUUAUAUUUGUAAUUCAGUUGAGAAGAUAAUUAAUUCAUGUAGCUAUUUUUUUGUUUUUGAAAAUUUUAGAUUAUAUUGUUUUAAAAAAAAAUUAUAAAUGCAAUAAUGAUGAAGGGGGAAAAUAAAAUGGAAAUAAAAAUAUGAUCAAAAUAAAAAUAAACAUAAAAGCUACACUAAUUCGUCCAUCCGAUCCAUAGUUGUUUGAACGAUCAAUUUCAUGUUAAAGUGUUUGAUUAAUGAAGAUACUUAAAAAUUGAAAAUUUCUUUGCCAACCUCCCUACCUUCUAGUCCACCUCUGGUGAAAACCUCAUACUACCCCUGACUUCGGAAAUGCAUUUCCGAAAAUGCAAGAAAAAGGUGUUUUCGGAGAUGCAUCUCCGAAAACGCCUUUUUUCUUGAAAAAAUUGUCUUAUUUCGGAAGUUCAUUUCCGAAAACAGUAUUUCGGAAGUUCAUUUCUGAAAUGCUGCGCGUUAUGCAGAUUUAUCAAAACACUCCCCCUCCCCCGUUCAUUUACCCUAACUCAAAUCAAAAACAAGCAAAGGCGAAAAUUUGUGCAAACACACUUCCAAGGCUGCAUCAAGGCUCCAAUCACAUUGCUAUACAACAUUCAAAAGCCCACAAAUCACUCAAUUUGAACAUGUCAGACAACCAACCAGCACGCAUCAGACAGGGUAGGGAGACCCAGACUGCGUCGGCUAGAGAGGGAAUGGGUGGCGCUAAGGGAAGAAAGGGUUCUUCAACCUCGUGCUCUCGCGGAGUGAAGGAGGUGAAGGAGAAGAAGAAGGUUUUGACUGGUUCUGCUUCUCGUCCCCUGGGGGUCCAUGGCUCGGACGUGCAAGCUCAGUCUUCAGGCGUGAGAGUCAUGAUCAACGCUGAUGGUUCUGAGACUGAGUGGGAUGAGGAUUGGUAUAAUUAUCUUCAUUCGAAGGAGUUCGCUCGUCGGGCAGAAUAACGUGUUUUUGUUUUGUUUGAUGUGUAUUUUGUAACGCUCGUCAGGCAGAAUAACGUGUUUUUGUUUUGUUUGACGUGUUUUGUUUUGUUUUGUUUUGAUUUCGGAUUGUAUCUUUCGCACAGUGUUUUUGGAUUGGAUUUAUCAUCUUAGUAUUUUCAGUUUAU